AUGCUUAUUAUGCGUUUGUUCCAUUCUAAAAUACUUACAGACUUACUGAGAAAAAGAUAUUCUUGCAAUUAUCAACAGUCUCUUUCAUCUGCUUCUCACUUUUUAUCGUCCUCUCUCUCUCUCUCUCUCUCUCUCUAUCUCUAUAUCUCUCUAUCUCUAUAUCUCUCUAUCUCUAUAUCUCUCUAUCUCUCUCUAUCUCUAUAUCUCUCUAUCUCUCUCUAUCUCUCUAUCUCUCUCUAUCUCUCUAUAUCUCUCUAUAUCUCUCUCUAUCUCUAUAUCUCUCUAUCUCUCUCUAUAUAUCUCUCUCUAUAUAUCUAUCUAUCUAUCUCUAUAUAUCUAUCUAUCUCUAUAUAUCUAUCUAUCUAUCUCUAUAUAUCUAUCUAUCUAUCUCUAUAUAUCUAUCUAUCUCUAUCUCUUCCCUUUAUUUUUCUUUCGCAACGCAUCCAUCCGUCUGUCUUCCACAUUUUUUUUUCAUCACCUCGGACUCUUAAAUCAACCUGCCUUAUAUUUUAUCGAUCAAACCUGUCGAUUUCUUCGUCCCUUUUAUCAAGGCGUCUCCGCAGCCCAUUGUAUCUAUAUAACCGUCUUUCCCUCUAUCGAUUUUGA